GCCGCGGACAUGCCGCUUCUACGCCGAGCUGCAUGCAAUUCUAGGGGGGGCUGCCACCACUACCCCACCUGUGAUCGUGGAUUCUGGGUCGGGGAUAGUCUCUUCAGCGACGCCUGAGGAUUCUGCCGAUGGGGGAGAGGAGGAGGAGGAGGAUGAGGAUGAGCUUGCAGAGAGCACACAGCACUCCGUUCUCCCCAACAGCCAGGAUCUUUUUCUCACCCUGACUGAAGUACCCUCCCAAGCCUCCCAAGCCAGUACCCAAGACUCUGACCCCAUGGAAGGGACCUCAGCAGCUGCAAAUUCCUCAAGCCUCCCUCCUCCAUCCCGAAGGUUAUCACAAAUAAGGCGUCGUAAGAAGAGAACGCGAGACGAGAUGUUUUCUGAAAUUAUGGAAUCCAGCCGCAGUGACAGAGCUCAUCUGAAUGAGUGGAAGGAAACAGUUUCAAAGUAUAGGAAAGAAGCCAGUGAACGUGAGGACAGGAGGGACCAACGUGAGGACAUGAGGGACCAACGUGAGGACAGGAGGGACCAACGUGAGGAGAGGAGGGACCAACGUGAGGAGAGGAGAGACGCUCGAGAUGAGAGGUGGCGGCAGGAAGACCAGAGGAGGCAGGAUGCAACGCUGGGGCUGCUGCGUGAGCAAACAGACAUGCUCCGGCGUCUGGUGGAGCUUCAGGAACGGCUGCUGGAAAACAGACUGCCGCUUCAGCCCCUGUUCCACCCUCCCCCCUCCCCAUGUUCCGUAUCCUCCUCACCCAGACGUGUAAGAACACGGGGGGGGAGGCUCCGUACACCUUCCCAUUCCACCCCAGUAGACAGCCCAAGCAAAAGGCUGUCAUUUUUUUAACCUUUUCUUUGUGGCUUUUUCCUUCCCAGCAAUCCUCCUCCCAAAUACCACCCGGGUUCCCUCCCUCUUUUUCUAAUCUAUUAAUA